AUGGCGAAAAAAAGGGAUUCAGAAGUCAUGACGUCGAUGGGGGAAAAAAAAGACAACGGCGGUGUGAAGGGGCCGGGAAUGCCGCUCCCUGAUGCGGCUGGGAAGCACCACCCGCCGCGUCGCUUUCCGCGGGUAGACGCCAUGGAGUUGGAGGCGCCCGUGGCACUUGUCAACUUCCCUCGUGCUCGCCAGCGAGGCGUUGGUGGCGGUGAGGCGCCUCUGGACGUCAUCGAGCGCGGCAAUCGCCCAGGCGUGCCGUUUGAUCAGUGCAGCCUUUCGACGGUUGGCGGCAACGGCGACGUGUCGUCGCAUCGCCGCCGUAAAAAGUAUACCACGACAACCGUCACCACGACCACCAUCACAAAAAUCCUUUUGCCACACAUGCAGCAGGCGGUCGUCUUUGAAGGCGCGGAAGGCGAUGCAAAACACACCGCGCUGGAUCCACAGGUCUUUCUCAUGGCUAUUGAAGGGAACAAGAAGACGCCGGGGCAAAAUCCAAAUGAGAUGCAAUCAACAGAAGGGGCCAAAUUAUGCAACGGCACCGGCCACAUUAGGGAGCAGGGCCCGCCAUCAUACGGGGAUGAGUCGCCGGCAUCGAGGCCCAAUCACGCCAUGCGCAUGCACCGUUCAUCGCAAAGUCCUUCACUUCAAGGCAAUAACUGUAUCAGCAGCAGCAGCAACAGCAGCAAAAAAAACAACAAUGGCGAGAUCAACAAAAUCAUUCUCCCCAAAAUUGAGUCCUUUAGAGCCCAUCAAUGUGUGCCCGCAAACUUGGCACCGCAUGGAAAUGCCUCAUCUAAGAAUUUGCAGAGUGCGAAAGGGUACGCGGCGGUGCCGCAGCAGCCAUGGAUAUGCAGUCAAAAUACGGUUGGUAAUACGACCGUGACCCAUCAUCAAUCAUCCGCACUUCGGAAGCCACAGGCUGGGAGCCGCCAUGGGCCCAGUUAUGGCGGCACAGCGCGAGAAUCAGCGGAACAGUCAAUAUCCAAUAACGAUGGAUGUUUUUCGUUGCCGCAGCAUUUGCCCCGGCCGCGGUCUGGCGCACCCCACGCGCAAAUCGACGGGCAACCGCCGGGUCACGGCGUCUCGGCGCCGUGGAUAUUAAACGAGGUGAGGCAGGAAAAUGGGUGGCACACGGCGGGGUAA